ACAGGAAUGACCGGAAACAGAUAAGACAACAGCAACAACACACUGGUCAAGGACUAACUACACGAAAUCGCAUAGAUAAUCUAACAACAACAAAAGUGUAUGUUUCUUUACUCGAAUUUUUAACGAAAAUAAAGACUGGUUGGACCCAGUAAGGAGUCAGUAUGUUCAGUUUUUUCGGAAAUCGUAAUAAAGACUCUUCUAAGAAGUCAUCGUCAGAGGGUGGUACAGAUGGGUUCGUGAUAAUAGGGAGUCCUAAAGUCAUUGCAGGAGAAACUGUGGAAGAACAGAGGAAGAAGACCCAGAACGCGAACAUCGGCAAACCAUCAUGUAACGUUAUUGUGCAACCGUCAAAGUCCUCCAGUACCACACCUACCCAGGCCCACCACUCCCCAGCCCCUGCUCCACCUUCAGCGAUCGCCCCAUCACCAGGACCUAUGUGGAAGCCCCCCGCGCCCAUAGUGGAGGCAGCACUGUCUCUCCCAGAGCUACUAGGAGAUGUCCCAUUCACCCUGGCCCCCCAUGUUUUGGCCAUGCAGACAGGGGGUCCUGGGUUCCCCCUCUUCACUGAGAUGCUGAUGUCGCCCCAAGACAUCAACCAUAACCUGGCCUCCUUCACCUACGACUUCACCCUGGAGAACUCUGUGCUCUGUGACCAUUGACCUGUAGAUAGUCUACUUGCUGACUAUGACCGCUGACCUUUUGAUCUGUCAACCUCCCCUCCAAUACCAGCCCUACGUCAACCCUUGGUCGUGUUCAUUGGGCAGCAAACAGAUGAAAACGUACUGACACAAGACGUGACUACCUGGGCUUGUCCAAUAAGAAAGGCACAUGUUUGUUUUCCUUUCCUAAGUGUUUAGCUACGUUUGCCCUACUGAACACUACCCUGGACUGUCUUGGCUCGUUACCAUUCAGGUUUAGUUUCAGUUCUAUAGGCUCUGUCUGAGAAUGGUAGUACUAUAAUUAAUGGUGAACCUGGUUAUUGUGAUGAUCAGAGUUAGAAAACAGGUGUGAGUCAGUUGGGGUCAAAACUGCACCUGCCGGCAGUGAUGUAGGUUACACACAGUAUGUAGGUAGAUGGGUUUGCAGAGUUCCACCAUUAAGAUUGUAGACUACUAGUUCAAGGCGAAUCACUUUCUGAUGCGCCUGUGAUAGUAGUGCUGGUUCACUGUUUUAAGAACGGUGUGUAUCAGAAGAGCGCUAGCUUCAUGUCUGACUGGCAUGCUUCAUCAUAGCUUUGUGUUUCAUUUGAACAGUGUCUGGGUCUAUAGAUUCACCUGUUGUUGCUGUUAGUUUAGAAGUCGCUGAUUGACCUUUGGGUUUGCACUAAUGUACGCAUGAGACAGAUUUCAGAUAGUUUUCAAAUCUUAUAAAGGAAAUUACACGUAUUCUUUAUUUGGUUACGAUGUUUUCUCUCUGCUGUCCUCACUUUUGCCCAUGAAGUUAAGAACGCUUUAACAAAACAUUUGGAAAAAGUGUUUGUGUAGCAUAAGCAUUUCUAUAGAGGAACUGUGUAGCUUUUUGAUCUAUUUUAAAAUGUAAGAAUAUAUAUCCCCUAUUUUUCAACAUGUAUUAUCAGGACUCACUCGAUAUGGUGACUCUUAUGUGGCCUUUCUCUCUUGAUCAUCAUCAGCAUGGCUCUAAUGAACGCAUCAUCAUGUGUUAUAACUUCCCAAACGUUGUAUUUAUUGUUAUUUAUUCUGAACCAACCAAGUUUCCUCCAGUCUUCAUGGCAGAGUUUAGAUUUGACAGUGUUUCAAGGUAUCCUGUCACAUAUACUGCAUUCAUUGCACACUGGCGAACAAAUUAUCUUGGGAACACACAUAUGUUCAGUUACCUCUGACUGCUGUACAAAUGUGGGGGGGCAAGAAAAUACCAAUUAUAUAUAGUUAAAAUACGUUUUAGGACUAUUAUUUGAAGUAAACUCCUUAUGAGUUAACUCCCUAAGACAACCACUCAAGAACCUGAAAAGAUGGCUCAUAAGUUGCUGUUAUUUUCAGUGCCAUGUUGUGGUAUUCCACAUCAUGUGAAAUCAUCCAUAGAGGCUGCAUUUACACACACAGCCAAUUUAUUUUUAUUUUGAUCAGUUCUUUUGCCAAUAAUUGUGCAAGAAAAUCUGAAUUGGGCUGCAUGUGUAAUCGCAGCCUUACUACUGCAUACAUGAUGAAAUAUUUGGGAUUUACCCUGUCUGGACAAUCCUUUGCUGUGCAUACCUGGAAACCAAGUGUAUUUAUAUCUGUCUGUGUUAAAUGAUACUGUGGAUUUCCCCAGGCCUCUUCCUCUCUUUGUAAUUCAAUCACUGACCUAACAUAGCAUUUUUUUAUAUUUUUUAUUCACCGGCGUGGAAGGCUACAGUUGUUUGCUUUGUAUUUUGGGGUGGAUUUGAGUUUGAGUAACUUAGUUUAUUUGGUUUACUUGGAUGUGUUUUGGGGGUUUAGUUACGGUGUGGUUAAUUUGUGGUUGUUGUGCAUGUUUGCUAUUAACAAUAGAUUGUUUUCAUUUAUCUUGUCAUUUUUAACUGGGGGGGUUUCUCUAAAGAUGGUUGACCUGUAAAAUCGUGAGUACUGUGUUUUUAUUAGUAGUAGCUGGUACAUAGGAAAUACAGUGCAUUCGGAAAGUAUUCAGACCCCCUGACUUUUUCCACAUUUUGUUACGUUACAUCCUUGUUCUAAAAGUAAUUCAAUUGUUUUUUUCCCCCUCAAUCUACACACAAUACCCCAUAA